GAGCGAGCGGGCGGAGGAAGGGGGUGGGAGCGGAGGCCAUGGAGGGGAGGAGUGGGGGUAUGGGGGAGGGAAGGGGAAGGGAGGCGGGAGGCGGGGCCGAGUGGGAGCUGGAGCUAGAGUCAGAGUCGGCGGUUGCAGUGGAGGCGGUGAUGUCGGUGCAGGUUGUGUCAGCAGCGGCAGCGGCCAAGGUGCCUGAGGUGGAGCUGAAGGAUCUGAGCCCCUCCGAGGCGGAGCCCCAGUUAGGACUGAGCACGGCGGCCGUGGGCGCCAUGGUACCCCCCGCGGGUGGCGGGGACCCAGAGGCUCCAGCUCCAGCGGCGGAGCGGCCCCCGGCCCCUGGCCCGGGCUCGGGGCCCACCGCGGCACUCAGCCCUGCGGCUGGGAAGGUCCCUCAAGCGUCGGCCAUGAAGCGGAGCGACCCUCAUCACCAGCACCAGCGGCAUCGCGACGGCGGCGAGGCCCUGGUCAGCCCCGACGGCACGGUCACCGAGGCGCCGCGCACGGUCAAGAAGAUUCAGUUUGCUGACCAGAAGCAAGAAUUCAACAAACGUCCCACCAAAAUUGGACGUCGCUCUUUGUCUCGGUCCAUCUCUCAGUCAUCUACUGACAGUUACAGCUCAGCUGCCUCAUAUACAGAUAGCUCUGAUGAUGAGACAUCCCCCAGGGACAAGCAGCAAAAGAACUCUAAGGGAAGUAGCGACUUCUGUGUCAAGAACAUCAAACAAGCAGAGUUUGGACGCAGAGAAAUUGAAAUUGCUGAGCAAGAGAUGCCUGCCUUGAUGGCUUUAAGGAAGAGAGCCCAAGGAGAAAAGCCUUUGGCUGGAGCCAAAAUUGUGGGUUGUACGCACAUCACUGCUCAGACGGCUGUACUUAUGGAGACUCUGGGUGCUCUGGGUGCACAGUGCCGAUGGGCUGCCUGCAACAUCUACUCCACUCUCAAUGAAGUGGCUGCUGCUCUCGCAGAAAGUGGGUUUCCUGUCUUUGCCUGGAAAGGAGAGUCAGAAGAUGACUUUUGGUGGUGCAUUGACAGAUGCGUGAAUGUGGAGGGCUGGCAGCCAAACAUGAUAUUGGAUGAUGGAGGAGAUCUUACUCACUGGAUUUAUAAAAAGUAUCCCAACAUGUUUAAGAAAAUCAAAGGCAUAGUCGAGGAGAGUGUUACUGGAGUCCAUAGGCUGUACCAACUGUCUAAAGCUGGGAAGCUGUGUGUUCCAGCCAUGAACGUCAAUGACUCAGUCACUAAACAGAAAUUUGAUAACCUCUACUGUUGCCGUGAAUCUAUUCUUGACGGACUUAAAAGGACAACAGAUAUGAUGUUUGGUGGAAAGCAGGUGGUGGUCUGUGGCUAUGGAGAGGUGGGAAAGGGUUGCUGUGCUGCUCUGAAAGCCAUGGGUUCCAUCGUGUAUGUGACUGAAAUUGACCCCAUCUGUGCCCUGCAAGCCUGUAUGGAUGGAUUUCGACUAGUGAAGCUAAAUGAAGUCAUCCGACAAGUGGACAUUGUUAUUACUUGUACAGGGAACAAGAAUGUGGUAACCAGAGAGCACUUGGACCGUAUGAAGAAUAGCUGUAUAGUUUGUAACAUGGGACAUUCCAACACCGAGAUUGAUGUGGCCAGCCUGCGGACACCAGAACUGACCUGGGAGAGAGUAAGAUCCCAAGUUGACCAUGUGAUCUGGCCUGAUGGCAAGAGGAUAGUACUGCUGGCAGAGGGCCGUCUGCUAAAUCUAAGCUGCUCCACAGUGCCUACGUUUGUGCUCUCAAUCACUGCUACCACUCAGGCUCUUGCCUUGAUAGAACUUUACAAUGCUCCUGAGGGUCGCUAUAAGCAAGAUGUGUACUUGUUGCCCAAGAAAAUGGAUGAGUAUGUGGCAAGCCUACACCUGCCCACCUUUGAUGCCCACCUGACAGAGCUGACAGAUGAACAAGCCAAGUAUCUGGGACUCAACAAGAAUGGACCCUUCAAGCCUAACUACUACAGGUAUUAAGUUCCUGUAAUGCAAGCCAGAAGACAUGUUAAGGAAUAGAACCAAGCCUUUUCUCCACUACUAUCCAAGGAAGAACCCAGCAAGCUGCUUCUCCAAUCAGAGCUGCCCGCCGUGCUCAUCUUAUGUGUUAGGUUAUUUAUUUAUUAAAAUCUAGAAUCCUGUGCCUGUAGCCUUGGCCCAGAGUGUGGUUACUACUCCUGGGCCGUGAGAGCCACAGAGGACAGGCUGAGGAAGGAAAGAAGUGGGCCGACCAUUCCUAGUGCAGCCUUCAAAUGAUCGCCCAUGAAUGGAGUCCUCAGCAAUGGCCAUUUCUCUUUCCAGGCUCAGGAGUUAGUUCAGGGAUGCCAGACUCCUUGCUACUUAGGGUUUUCUGGAAUAAAUUUCAGCAGCUGCCUUUCUCAAAGCUUUGGUCCUUUCCCAGGUGAGGCCUUUUUGGAAGCCACUGAAUUAACAAGGCCCGAAUUCUCAACCUUGAUAGUUACUAUCACUGCCUUCCUUAUAAAAAGGCUGGUGAGGCAGGAGUGGUAAGGUCUUGUAAGCUGCACCAAGAACUCAGCUGUGCCUGUGUCCGUGCCUACUGGGAUCUCUUCUCUUACCCAGGACUCCUUUCUUCUUCCUUGAAUACUAAGUCCAUUUCAAUGCUUUCUGAUUCUAAGAGGAUUGUGACUCCACGAUCUUAACAGCUCUGGUGUUGGCCAGUCAUUUGUUUUCCUUUCUAACCCUUCUAAACUCUGCUCAGGAAGUAGUCAGCCAGCUCCACUGGACCCGUAGUUCUGCUGCCUUCCCGUUUAACUGGACUGUUUCCUAGGAGGCCCCCUAGCCUGGCACUGUCAGAGAAGGAAAGCUCCAGAAGAGCCCAUAGUGCUUCUGUUGUUGCCUGAAAUGACCUCUGGAACUGAGUUGGCAAAGAUGUUUGCUACAGGUUUGGGAGCUUGAGACUUUAGAGUGGGGUACAGCUUAAUAUCCUAAAGAAGCAAGUCUGUCUGUUUUCCAGGAAAGACUUUGCAGCCUGGCUGCAGAAGACAGGAGAUAUAAAGUGUGUCCAGAUGAUGAAACCUUGUUCGAGGGCUGGAGGUUAGCUCUGUGGUAAAGCACUUGCCUGGCAUGGAUAAGGCCCCAUGCUCAGCCACUGGGAACUAGGGAAAGGGGUGAGGCACUAGUUUGAACCUCAUCAGACAUUCCUCCCUUUGGCUGUUGGCCUUGGUGAGAGUGAGAUCUGCAACCUGAUAGCUUAUCUUUCUUUACUGCUGCCGUAUCGUUAUGAUCUGGCCCAUUCUGUUUAAGGAUUCUGUUUCAGAGAGUUUCUUAAGUAACUCCAGCAUUAUAAAAUAGUAAUGUAAACAGUGUGAAGCUUCUCAUUCUACCCAAGAGUUGGAUAUUCUGUGGAGAUGGACUGGAUGGUUUUGAGAUUUCCACUGGGAUCAGUUGGUUUCAAGAAUUAAAACCUGGAGUGACCCUAGGAAUCUUGAGUUGAAUGAGUCCCUCUCAUGGCCCUCCCUAUUUAGAAGUUUUGUGUCUGUCUCCCAUGUAUCUCUUGCGUUGUUCUGCUUCAAAGUCUCAAGAUCAAGGUCAUUCAAACAGAAGACACCUAGAAUCACUGAAACCUUCAUCUAGAUCAUCUCCCCUGGCUCCACCAUCUCCACUGUCCCUUGGUCUUUGUGUGUGCCCUGGAAGCUAGUCUGGAAGUGUCCUUAAUUUCUAAGAUAGGGAAACAGAACUUGAGUAGGUGGCUGUUUGCCUUAUGAAGUGAUAUCCAUUCUGGCUCACCCCCAGAAGAUGGACUCUUCACAGGGCAUCAUCUGUUGCUGUAUUCUGUUGUGUAAGGAGGAUCAUAAACACUGAAGAUUUCACCGUGAUAGUCAAUUCUGUUUGCCUCAUUCUGAUUUCUUUAUUAAUAGAAUGCAUCACUCUCCCACUACCACCUCUGUUUUGUUUUUUUGUUGUUGUUGGGGUUUGUUGUUGUUGUCUCACUCUGCAACCCAGGCUGGACUCAAAGUAAUGGCAGUCCUCCUUCCUUGGAUUCCUGAAGCCAUCUGCUACCAUGCCUGGCCUCUUAAUUGGAUCUGUUUAGCAAAAAUUCGUAUCUCUGUGCCUCAUCUUAUGUCCAGAGCAGAUUCCAUUAGGCAGGUAUCUGGCUUGGGCCCCAAAUCAUAACCUGGCGAUUUUCUGCAAAGCCUGGCUCUCUAUGGAGCUUCCUAUGGCUGGUAUUUACACAGUACACCCUGCCACACCAUAGUGAAGAGAUCUGCUCCAAAUAGAAAAGGGGCAACAUGGGUUUCUAAGUUAUGUUGCACCUGGCUGCCCAUAGUGAGGUAUCUGCCUAUGAGUUGCAGAUGACAUUUAUUCCCUUCUCUCUGGAGACUUCUGUGUCAUCAACCAUUAAGAAAGUAGCCAGAAAUAGGGAUGUAAGUCAGUGAUAGGACACUUGAUUAGCAUGUGCCAGGCCCUGGGGCAAAUCCCCAGUACUUCGGGCUUGUGGAGAGUUGGGAAGAGAGAUAAAAGGUAGCCCAGGACUCCCACCCAGGUUCUGUCCUAAUACUGGAACCAAAUCAUUGUUCUCUCUAACCUUGGAAUAAGAGCAGAUGGCUUCUUAUUCCAACUCUUCCUCUUACAAGCACUCUAGCUACAGGAGACAAAAAAAGAAGGCUGUCUCUGGUUAUGUGGCCCUGGGCAGAGGGGAAAUAUGCCAUUUAUCUACAAUGACUUUGAGCUACUUCAAGGUCUUCUUGCUGUCUUAGUGGAAAUAUUGUUUCCUUUUUCUUCUUGUUAAACAAAAUGCCUCUAAUCUACCUUCCCUCUGCCCUCCUCCCUCCUCAUGUUACUCUCCUGGGAGAGCAAGGCUCCCCAUGGCCACACACUCCUGCAAAGCUUUUUUUGCUGCUUGGCUUUUCUCUGAACAGAUCUGAAAUUGCUGCUCCUGUGGUUUCCUCAGAAUUAACUUUGUCAUGGUUUUAAAAAAAAUCAGAAUGCAUUGUUGCAUUAAGCUUUUUUAAUAAAGGAAAAUUAUGGGAAGAAAAUAGGUAACACCAGCAAAUUAUAUAUUGACAUUGACAAGUCUAAACAUAUAUAUAUAUAUGCAUAUAUAUGUAAAACACAUACAUAUCUAUAUAAAUAAUCAUCUAGUUCUUACUGUCAUCUUACUGAAUGGAUCGAAGCCUCUAAGGAUCACCAGUUCUGAGAAGCUCUUGGAAAUCUUUAUGUCUAAGUGAUUGUAUUAGAUCAGCAAUAAUGACUAUGUAAUCUCAAAAAAUAAAGUAUUCUUAAAACUGG